GGCUCGCUCCGCUCCGCCCCGCCCCGCCCGAGCGGCCGCGGGGUGCGGGGGCGAACGCGGCGCUGGGGAGUCGGCGGCGGCGGCGGGAGACAGACUUCCAGAACAAGAGUUCGAGGAACGGCCAAGUGAUGAAGAUUGUUGGAAGAAGUAAAACGACCACCAAAGACCACUACCACGUUGUUAUGCGCAUGCAAAAAUAGGCAUGGAAUUAUGUAAAACGAUUCUCGGACAACCAAUGAAUAUGUAUGAUGUUUAUUGGAAAUGUAAUGAAUACGUAUGUUAAGCAACAAUAUAAUCACGGUCUGUUUCAUGCUUAAACGGGACAUACAUCAGGAGGAGAUAUCCCCUGUGUCUCCCAGUGCUGCAAUAAAGAAUACCUGCUUGUCAACUUUGUGAGAAACUAUGGACUAGGAUAUUGUUUAUUAAGAUUUAUGUUAAGCUCAAUGUAAAGGUUAGGCAACAAAGAUGUGAAAUUGCUUAUGCAGACAGAAACUCGGACACUGCUUGAGUAAGAUAAGAUAACCACAAUCGCGAGAUAACCGCCAGACUUCCAGAAACCGACAGAAACUCGGACACUGCUUGAGUAAGAUAAGAUAACCACAAUCGCGAGAUAACUGCCAGACUUCCAGGAACCGACAGAAACAGGACAAACAACCCCAGAUAAGGACAUGUGAAUGAGGGGUCAGCUAUGGGAUAAAGGAGAAAGACUUCUUACUUCGGCCUCAACGACCACCAGGAGGUAGAAAACGACCCCCUAACAACAACUGAAGCAUGCGCAGAGUACCUCCACUACUUCAUGAACACGGAAGUAAAGAUGUAUAAAAAGGGACUGUUUGAACUGCUCAGCACGGCAGUGGCGGAGCGCAGACUCCCCUGUCGUCCAGCGCUGUUUUUGCUCAUAUUCUACUUGCUAUAAUUAAUAAAAUUUUAAUUGGAUUAUGAUCCGUUGUGGUCACAAUUUAUGACAAUUUCUGGUGCCGUGACUCGGAUAAGGAACGGUGGGCUUUGGUCCUCCGGGGAGGCGCCCCGCGACAUUUCGCGGCCCCGCGACCAACAGCUCACUCCAACCUUACCGACGAACCUAAAUUCUAGGAUAUUGAGCAAAAAAGGACCGGUAAAAUCCCAUAAAAUUCUGUGCACGGAAGUCCGGACGAAGACGCAGGACGCGUAAGUAUACUGCGAAGUUGUUCGCGGGUUCGCCGUUCGGGCGGGAUUGGGUAUCCUGGAUUAUAACGAACGAGAGGUUCGAUAUACUGAACCAAGCGAGUGUGGACCCUUUAGUACUGCGUUUCCCACCUCCCGCGAGGGACUGGGCCAGGAAUAAGGGGAGCGAGUGAGUGUGUGUUUGUGGAUAAUCCAGAAGAUGGGGGCGAAGGGCAGCAAGCCUUCGACUCCCAUGGGGAGGGUACACACUGUACCUAAAAAUACCCCUCUGGCAUAUAUCUUAGACAAUUGGAGAUAUUCCCCUGGAACCCUAGGGAAAGAUAAGCAAAAAAUGAUAGAAUAUUGUACUAAGAUAUGGGGAGGGAAGAAGAUUUCUAAAAAUGUCUUUUGGCCAGUCUAUGGGUCAGAAGAAGAUUGGGUAAGACAGCAAUUAAACCUCUGGGUUAAUAAUAAAAAUCCCCUUAACCCGGAGGAGAGUCAAUAUGCGGAAGUGUGGCUAGAAAGACCGAGAGCUAGACUUUAUCCGCUGAAUGAAAUAAAAACUAAACAAAAGAAAAAGAAGGAAGAGUUAGACGAAACCCUUCUAACCCCCCCUCCUUACAUUCCUCCUCCUGCUCCCGCAGAAGUCCCCAGAGCGCCCACUCCCCCACCGGAGUCGGAACAAGGGUCUCCCCCUCUUCCUAGACGCGUAACUAGAAGUCAAAAAGGGGCAGCUCAGAUGUACCCCCUAAGGGAAAUACCCAUGGGGGGACCUCAACCUGUGAUCGGAUAUAUUUCCGUACCCCUAAACUCGGCUGACCUACGAGAUUUUAAAAGAACCGAAAUGGGAAACUUAAUUGAGGACCCACUGGGAGUGGCAGAAAGAUUAAAUCAAUUUUUGGGACCAAACCUUUAUACUUGGGAUGAGAUGCAAUCUAUCCUUGGUCAAUUAUUUACUACCGAGGAAAGAGAUAUGAUUAGACGAGCAGGAAUGAGACUGUGGGAUGCUCAACAUGCCCAGGGACCCCAAGCAGAUAUUAAAUGGCCACUUCAAAGACCUAAUUGGGAUAAUCAGGAUCCGAUGCAUAGAACUCAUAUGCAGGACCUGAGAACUAUAGUAAUUCAGGGAAUUAGAGAAGCAGUACCCCGUGGCCAGAAUAUCAAUAAAGCAUUUAAUGAAAUGCAAAAGAAAGAUGAAAGCCCUACUGAGUGGCUGGAACGACUGAGGAAAGCCCUUCAGCUGUACUCUGGGGUAAAUCCAGACGACCCUUUAGGGCAAGCGCUCCUCAAAACUCAGUUUGUGGCAAAAUCAUGGGAAGACAUUAGAAAGAAGAUUGAAAAGUUAGAAGACUGGCAGAAUAGAGGGUUGGAUGAAUUAUUGAGGGAAGCUCAGAAAGUCUACGUAAGGCGGGAAGAAGAGAGCAGCAAGCGACAAGUAAAAAUGAUGAUAGCAGCGGUCAGAGAGGAUCGCAAAGGACGAACUGGUGAACACAGAUCUGCUGGAAUGAAACAAGGGAACGUAAUAGUAAAGAAGGAGCAGAGAUGUUGUUUUUACUGUGGAAAGAAGGGACAUAUAAAGAAGAAUUGCAGAGAAAGGAUCAGGGAUGAGGGAAUAUUGAAAACGGAAUAGGAGAGUCAGGGGCUCUAUAUCUUAGGGGACCGGAGUCAUCAUGAGCCCUUGAUAAAAUUAAAAAUAGGUCCCCAUAAACAAGAGUUCACCUUUUUAGUAGACACUGGGGCUGAGAAAUCAACUAUUAAGCAAAUACCUGAGGGAUGUAAAGUUUCCCCUGAAAAGGUACAAGUAAUUGGGGCAAAAGGAGAACCCUUUAAAGUAAGCAAAAUCAAAAAUGUGGUAUUCGAAACUGAAAAUAAAUUUGGAAUGGGUGAACUCUUGCUCGUCCCUGAAGCAGAAUUUAAUCUGUUAGGACGAGAUUUAAUUGUUGAAUUGCAAUUAGAAAUUAAAGUGAAAAAUCAGGAGCUAACAGUGUCUGCUUAUCCUUUAACCGUGGAUGAUCAAAAACAAAUUAACCCCGAUGUCUGGUACUCUCCGGACACAAUUAGUAGACUGAAAAUCCCACCGAUUAAAAUCCAACUUUCCGAACCCCACAUACCUGUGAGGGUAAGGCAAUAUCCCAUAUCCCUAGAAGGACGGAGGGGAUUAAAACCAGAAAUUGAUCGAUUGUUAGCACAAGGAAUCUUAGAGCCUUGUAUGUCACCCUUUAACACCCCCAUUCUGCCUGUAAAGAAACCAAAUGGGAAAUAUCGACUCGUACAUGAUUUAAGGGAAAUAAACAAAAGAACUAUCACCCGAUUCCCUGUAGUAGCAAAUCCAUACACACUGCUAAGCAAGCUAGGACCCCAUAACUCCUGGUAUAGUGUGGCUGACUUAAAGGAUGCCUUUUGGGCCUGUCCACUGGCAGAAGAAUGCCGUGAUUAUUUUGCCUUUGAAUGGGAAGACAUAGAGACAGGCCGUAGACAGCAAUUGAGAUGGACUGUGCUUCCCCAAGGGUUCACUGAGUCCCCUAAUCUGUUUGGACAGGCCCUGGAAGAGCUCUUAAAAGAAUACCAGGUACAAACGGGAAACGUGCUGUUACAGUAUGUAGAUGAUCUGCUCAUAGCAGGGAAUAAUAAGGAGGAUGUAAGGAAAGAAAGCAUUCGACUCCUAAACUUUCUUGCACAAAAGGGACUACGAGUAUCACAAGAAAAGUUACAAUUUGUGGAGGAAAAAGUGAAAUAUUUGGGGCAUUAUUUGUUUAACGGCAAGAAGAUAUUGGAUCCAGAGCGCAUUAAAGGAAUUCUGGAAUUACCUAUGCCUGUCACUAAGAGGCAAAUUCGGCAGGCAUUAGGGCUAUUUGGGUAUUGUAGGCAAUGGAUAGAAAACUACAGCUUUAAAGUUAAAUUUUUAUAUGAACAACUGUCUAAAGACAAAAUACCCAAGUGGACCCCUCAGGAUCAAGAGCAGUUUGUCAGUCUCAAAAGGGAGCUAAGUCAAGCACCGGUUUUAAGCCUACCAGAUUUAAAGCGGCCAUUCCAUUUAUUUGUUAACAUACAUGAAGGAACGGCAUUCGGAGUAUUAACUCAGGAAUGGGCCGGACAAAAGAAACCGGUGGCAUACCUAUCAAAGCUGUUGGAUCCUGUGAGCAGGGGUUGGCCGAGUUGUUUACAAAUCAUUGUUGCUGCUGCCUUAUUACUUGAGGAAACGAAUCGCAUUACCUUUAAUGGAGAAGUUGUCUUAUAUGCGCCUCAUAACAUCAGGGGAGUGUUACAACAAAAAGCAGAAAAAUGGCUUACAGAUAGCCGAUUAUUAAAGUAUGAGGGAAUACUUAUAGAAUCCCCUAAACUAUCUUUGAAAACUAUUGGAGCAGUUAACCCCGCUGAAUUUUUGUACCCAGGAGAAGGUAAUGAACUAUUGCACAAUUGUUUUCAAACAAUUGAACAGCAGACACGCAUUAGGCCAGACUUAGAAGAAGAAGAACUACAAUGUGGAGAAGUAUUAUUUAUAGAUGGGUCAUCACGAAUAGUGGAAGGUAAACGGUUGUCCGGAUAUGCCAUCGUUAAGUCGGAAAAAGGAGAAUUUAAGACAGUAGAAUCAGGCCCCCUGAGUGCCAGCUGGUCGGCUCAAGCCUGUGAGCUGUAUGCAUUGUGGAAAGCAUUAGUGUCACUGAAGGGAAAGGAUGGAACUAUAUAUACAGACUCACGCUAUGCGUUCGGAGUAGUACACACUUUUGGAAAAAUAUGGGAGGAAAGAGGAUUUGUUAACUCACAGGGAAAAGAACUGAUACACCCGGAAUUAAUUCGGCGAGUUCUGGGGGCAUUGAAAAUGCCGAAUAAAAUAGCAGUUGUACAUAUAAAGGGACACCAGCGAGGUACAAGUUAUCAAAUUAGGGGAAAUAAUGCAGCUGAUAUAGAAGCAAAACGAGUGGCAGGCAAUUAUGGUAUGAUUUUGACUAUGCAACAAGUACCUGUUAGUAAAAAUUUAAGUUUUGAGUCUGCAGAAAAGGAAAAACUAGAACAAAUGGGAGCUAAGGAACAAGAUGGUAAGUACAUAUUGCCAGAUGGGAGGGAAGUCUUGCCGAAGGGCAUAGCACUCGAGAUAUUUUCAAAAAUACACAAUAGAACACACUGGGGAACCCAGGCGUUAGUUGAUCAUUUCAAUCAACAGUUUGCCAGUAUAGGCGUAUAUAACAUAGCAAAGACAGUCACGGCAGCCUGCGAGACCUGUCAAAAGGUUAAUCGAAGCAACAUGAGACAAAAACCUCUUGGAGGACGUUCCCCAGCAUACAGACCUUUCUCACACAUACAAGUGGAUUUUACUGAACUACCCAGGGUAGGGCGUUACAAACAUUUAUUAGUAAUGGUGGAUCAUUUAACACAUUAUGUUGAGGCUUUUCCUACCUCCAAGGCAACUGCUAACCAGGUUACUAAAGUGUUACUUGAACACAUUAUACCUCGAUAUGGAGUACCUGAAGUAAUCGACUCGGACAGAGGAACACACUUUGUGUCAAAAAUUGUUAAAGAUCUAGCUGAAAGUUUGGGGAUUAAGUGGGAAUACCAUACACCAUGGCAUCCACAAAGUUCGGGAAAAGUUGAAAGGAUAAAUGGAGAAAUAAAAACUAUUUUGACUAAAUUAAUGAUAGAAACCAAAUUAUCAUGGAUUAAGUGCCUACCCAUGGCACUAUUAAUUCUCAGAACCAGACCCCGAGCAGAUGUAGGAAUAUCAGCGUUUGAAAUGGUGUAUGGAAUGUCUUAUAGAAUUGAAAGUCCACAAACAAAUGUUUUAAUUCGAGACCGUGUGAUUAAUGAAUAUGUUUCACAAUUAGCAGAACAUCGUAACAAGCUUUGGGAACAUGGACUGAUUGUACAACGACCCCCGUUGGACUUAAAAAUUCAUAAUGUUAAACCUGGGGAUUGGAUAUUGAUUAAAGUGUGGAAGGAAGAAACCCUAAAACCCAAUUGGGAGGGACCUUAUCUUGUUUUGCUUACAACAGAAACAGCUGUCCGAACUGCGGAGCGUGGAUGGACUCAUGCCAGUCGCAUUAAAGGCCCAGUGACGAGACCCCACUGGAAAGUAAUCAGUACUCCAGGUGACACCAAGAUAACCCUGAAAAGAUAACGUAAUGAUAAAGACUUUAUUGGAUUAUUUUGCCGCAUUACCUUUCGGUAUAAAGUGUGUAUUGCUGUUUAUAUUUGCUAUAAUUAUUUCUCUUUUUUUCUAUUAUAUAUGGAAGCGUACAAAGUGUGUUGAAGGAAAUUGCUAAACUUAUGCAACCUCACAAUAUUAAAUAUAGAAGAUAGGUUGAUGUAAAUAAUAUAUGCACUCUAGAUAUACGAAUUAGGUGUAAUGAUUUGAACUGCAAUUGUUAUCCAUUUGCUUGUUUUAGGUGUAAGGUAUGCCAGGAUAAAUGGUAGACACAUUGUGAAUGUGGAUACCCUCUAAUAGGAGUUUGCACACAGUGUUGGAAAAUCCAAAGAACUCUCACUGAGUGGAAAUUAAAACAAUUAGAGUCUAAACAAAAAAAAAAAAAUUAUUCGGGAAUCCCAUGAGUGGUGGGAAAUUUUUGCCAAAGGAAUAAACCCUCGAUAUUAUUGCUACCACUCCAACGAACCAGUCCCCUUUGUAGCUGAAAUUUUGGUUAUAAAAUGCAGAAGGGAAGUACUGACCGUGUCUUACUUUGCCCCAUUAGUUAAAGCUGCAAAGUGGGAAGCCUAUAUAAACAGGCAGAAAGCCCGAAACAGCUGUUCUCCUGAAGAAUUCCCUUGCUGCCGAGAAGAUGGUACACCCCGUGGCUCGAAGCAACCGAGUCGACGGGCGAGGCAGAGGAGGAACAAACUGUGGAGAAAAGAACCAAAAUGAUGGGACACAAAAGCAGCAAUGGCCGAACUUCCCCAGGACUGGUAAAAAUAUACUUAAAUUGGCAAAAUUAACAGACACCCUUUUUUCUGGUAUACCGUUAGUUUUGUUAUUGAUAAUAACCCAAGCAAAUGGAAACCCUCAUAAACCUAUGAACUGGACAAUAACAAACAUAAAAUAUCCAAAUAAUCCAAUCCAAACACGAACUACACCGGGCACAGUUAGUUUCAAUGUGAGUUUGCAUGAUCUAAUUACUGAAGAAGAUCGUAAAGAUGAAGCAGAUAUAUGUCUACCAAUUUAUAUAUGUCCAGCAUCAAACCCUGGUAAAGGAUACUGUAAUUGGCCAGGUCAUUAUUACUGUGCAUAUUGGGGGUGCGAAACAUGGGCUUCUGAGUGGUCCACACCUGGAGACCAAUAUCUAGAAAUAAAGUGGUCACCAGAAGGAUGCCAGAGACCUAAAUUACACGGAGACCGGUGGGGUCAUUGCUUAAGUAAACCGAUUCCUUGUGUGGGCAUCAAUAUAACUAUAAAAAAUCCUGCUCAGGACUUUUGGCUGGCAGGGAAAUAUUGGGGAAUUAGAUAUUGGGAAGCAGGUGCAGACAGAGGAGGAAUUUUUCAAAUAAUGAAAAGACCGAUGCCCCACGAUCCCUUACCAGUAGGACCAAACCUGGUCCUGAAUCUACCCACUUUCUCUGAAGAAAAGGUUGCCCCCGCAAACGUCGCAACCACUUCUCCAAACUCCCUUGUGACUAAAUUCUCCUCAUCCAGGGAUCGAGAGUUGUCAGGAUCCAAAGACCCCUUAUGGAAUCUAAUGCAAGCCUCUUAUCGUGCCCUUAAUGAAAGCAAACCAAAUUUAACUAAAGAAUGUUGGUUAUGUUAUAAUGUUAGACCACCAUAUUUUGAGGCAAUUGGAAAACCAGGUAGGAUUCAAUGGUCUAAUGGUUCAAACCCACGAGAAUGCCCAUGGGAUGACCAGAGGAACCAUACGCAAGGAAUUACUAUUCAAUUAGUAACAGGUCAAGGAAAAUGUAUAGGUACAGUGCCCGAAAAAUAUCAGCCUUUGUGCAAUAAAACAGUCACUAACACCAAUAUAGAGAAACACAAGAAUCAAAAUGACAAAUGGGCUAUCCCGACACCAGGAGCUAAAUGGGUUUGUUCAGACAUCGGAGUAACGCCUUGCCUAUCCCUAAAUGUGUUUGAUCAAUCUCAGUUUUGCGUACAGGUGAUUAUUGUUCCUCGUCUAAUCUAUCACACCUCUGAGGAGGUGUUACGCCACUUUGAAGGAGACCUGAAUAGGCAAAAACGAGAGCCAAUUACAGUAGUAACCCUAGCUACCCUGCUGAUAGCGAGCGGAGUUGGAGCAGGUACAGGCAUAGCCUCCCUAGUGAAAGGUCAGGAGUUACAAAGUUUGCAGAUGGCUGUAGAUGAAGAUUUAGCAAAAAUAGAACAAUCUAUCCAAAAUUUAGCCACUUCAGUAAAGUCUUUAUCAGAAGUAGUACUGCAAAAUAGAAGAGGAUUAGAUCUAUUGUUUUUAAAGGAAGGAGGGUUAUGUGUAGCUCUCAAUGAAGAAUGUUGCUCUUUUGCUGACCAUACUGGAGUAGUCCAGGACACCAUGUCUGAACUCCGGAAAAGGUUAGAUCAACGUAAGAAAGAUCGUGAGGCGGGCAAGUCAUGGUACGAAAACUGGUUUAAUGUUUCACCUUGGCUAACCACUUUGUUGUCCGCCUUAGCAGGACCGCUUAUCAUGUUGAUUUUGGGACUCAUAUUUGGGCCUUGUAUAUUACGCUAUAUUUUACACUUUAUUAAAGAACGGUUUGACAUAGCUAAACUGCUUAUUUUAACUACGAGGUCUGGGGCAAAAUAUAAGAGUGUAUCUAUUAAUGAAGAUGAAGAUUGUUGUGAAUGCAUUAUGCCACGUGAGAACUAUGCCUUUUGUAAUUGUGAGGUAUUACCUUGUGAGUGUUAUGAUAAAUGUUGGGAUUGUGGAAAAAGGUUUGUUCGCAGUGCCGAAAAUGAAAGUAACGUCUAAUAAACAAUAAUAGGAUAAAAAGAAAAAGGGGGGAUUGUGAGAAACUAUGGACUAGGAUAUUGUUUAUUAAGAUUUAUGUUAAGCUCAAUGUAAAGGUUAGGCAACAAAGAUGUGAAAUUGCUUAUGCAGACAGAAACUCGGACACUGCUUGAGUAAGAUAAGAUAACCACAAUCGCGAGAUAACCGCCAGACUUCCAGAAACCGACAGAAACUCGGACACUGCUUGAGUAAGAUAAGAUAACCACAAUCGCGAGAUAACUGCCAGACUUCCAGGAACCGACAGAAACAGGACAAACAACCCCAGAUAAGGACAUGUGAAUGAGGGGUCAGCUAUGGGAUAAAGGAGAAAGACUUCUUACUUCGGCCUCAACGACCACCAGGAGGUAGAAAACGACCCCCUAACAACAACUGAAGCAUGCGCAGAGUACCUCCACUACUUCAUGAACACGGAAGUAAAGAUGUAUAAAAAGGGACUGUUUGAACUGCUCAGCACGGCAGUGGCGGAGCGCAGACUCCCCUGUCGUCCAGCGCUGUUUUUGCUCAUAUUCUACUUGCUAUAAUUAAUAAAAUUUUAAUUGGAUUAUGAUCCGUUGUGGUCACAAUUUAUGACAAUUUCUGGUGCCGUGACUCGGAUAAGGAACGGUGGGCUUUGGUCCUCCGGGGAGGCGCCCCGCGACAUUUCGCGGCCCCGCGACCAACAGCUCACUCCAACCUUACCGACGAACCUAAAUUCUAGGA